AUUAGAAAGAACGCACAAACACACAGAAAAAGGAAAUUCCAAAAUACCUUCUCCCCCUCUCUUUCUUUCUUUCUUUCUUUGUUUCUUUCUUUUCUUUCUUUCUGUUCAAUCCUCCAAUGGAGGGAGUAACAAAAUUCAUCUUCCAUUAAAACUGUAUCAUCCUCAGGUUUAUCAUUUUUCAAAUUUCAUUGAUUCAUUCAUUCACACAUACAUAGAUAUGAUGAAUUCAUUACACUGAUUCAAGCAGCCCUAAACGUUUUCCAUUUAUAAAGGAUUUCGCUGGUUUUCAGGAUUGGGGUAAACGGAAGAAUAAAGGGUCUCCCAUUCAAAUGCCAUUGGUCUCGGAAGAGACCCCGAACUUCAGAUUUGAAGCGAUCAAGAUUGUUUAAUUGGUGUCGUGUUUCUGAUGGUGAAAAAAACACCAUUGUGUUCGUAUUGUUUAAGGAAUCAAGAAAAGGGUAGUGGCAUCAUUGGGGGUGCUGGGAUUGUGGAGGAUUGGGAUUGGGUGGUGAUUGGAGUUACAGGAGGAAGAUGCAGCUGCACUUCUCACCUAGCAUGAGAAGUAUAACAAUAUCGAGCAGCAAUAACAAUGGAGGGUUUGGUGAAUUAAUGAAGAUCAAACUCGCACCUCGCCAUUUCAACUAUAGAAGACUCUUUCAUACAAUACUUCUCCUAGCUUUUUUGUUGCCUUUUGUCUUCAUUCUCACUGCUCUUGUUACCCUUGAAGGCGUCAACAAGUGCUCCUCAUUUGACUGUUUAGGUAGACGAUUGGGACCAAAGCUUCUUGGACGAACUGAUGAUUCAAAACAGAGACUGGUAAAGAAUUUUGUUAAGAUCCUCAAUCAAGUAAACUCUGAGGAACUGCCAUCUGUUAUGAAGCUCCCAGAGUCUUAUGCUCUUCUUGUUUCUGAAAUGAAAAAUAACAAGUACAGUGCAAAAGAAUUUGCUUUGAUGCUGAAGGGAAUGAUGGAGAGAUCUGAAAGGGAGAUCAGGGAAUCAAAAUUUGCAGAGCUAAUGAAUAAGCACUUUGCUGCUAGUGCAGUCCCUAAAGGCAUUCACUGUCUUUCACUGCGGCUGACUGAUGAGUACUCCUCUAAUGCUCAUGCACGAAGACAGUUGCCUUCGCCAGAACUACUCCCUCUCCUUUCCGAGAACUUGUUGCACCAUUUUGUAUUGUCAACUGAUAACAUCCUAGCUGCUUCAGUUGUGGUCAAUUCUGCCGUGCAGUCAUCUUUGAGGCCUGAAAAAACUGUUUUCCAUGUCAUCACUGACAAGAAAACAUAUGCAGGGAUGCACUCCUGGUUUGCUCUUAAUCCUGUCUCUCCAGCGAUUGUGGAAGUUAGAGGUAUUCAUCAGUUUGACUGGUUAACCAGAGAAAAUAUUCCAGUGCUUGAAGCAGUUGAGGGUCAUUAUGGGAUUCGGAAAUACUACCAUGGAAACCAUGUAACUGGCGCCAAUCUCAGUGAUACUACUACUCCACGAUCUUUUGCCUCAAAACUGCAGGCUAGAAGCCCAAAAUACAUUUCCUUGCUCAAUCACAUUCGCAUAUAUUUGCCAGAGCUCUUCCCAAACCUUCAUAAAGUGGUUUUCUUGGAUGACGAUGUUGUGAUUCAGCGUGACUUGUCUCCAUUGUGGGACAUUGACCUUAAGGGAAAGGUGAAUGGAGCUGUUGAGACCUGUAAAGGAGAAGAUGAGUGGGUGAUGUCAAAGCGAUUCAGAAACUACUUUAAUUUUUCUCAUCCUCUCAUAGCAAAAAAUUUGAACCCUGACGAGUGUGCAUGGGCUUAUGGGAUGAAUAUCUUUGACUUGCAUACAUGGAGAAAGACAAAUAUAAGAGAUACUUACCAUUCAUGGCUUAAAGAGAAUCUGAAGUCCAAACUGACGAUGUGGAAGCUUGGAACACUACCUCCUGCUUUGAUUGCAUUCAAGGGUCAUGUUCACCCAAUUGAUCCCUCAUGGCACAUGCUCGGCUUGGGCUAUCAAAAUAAGUCCAACAUUGAUAAAGUGAAGAAGGCUGCUGUAAUUCAUUACAAUGGCCAGUCCAAACCUUGGUUGGAGUUGGGCUUCGAGCAUCUCCGUCCUUAUUGGACCAAGUAUGUAGACUACUCCAAUGAUUUUAUAAAGAAUUGCCACAUAUUGGAGUAAUCGAUAGGUUGCACUCCAACUACAAAACACAAAGUAGGAAUCCAGAAGUUGCAGACUUUUUCAUUCUAUGUAUCUUCACAAUCGAAUAGAAGAGGAAAUUCUCAGAUUGGCUGAAUUUGAUCAGGUAUAUUCAAGUUUUCGGAUUUGCUGCUUUUGGCUCAAUUCUAUGAAGAGAACCUGCAUUACUAGCAUAGGUAUGAGAUUCAUUUCUUUCCGUCUGUAAGAGGUUCAUCUUUUUUUUAAAAAAAUAAUAAUAAUAUUGGUUGGGAGGAAAAGGACAUUCUUUUGCGCCUCUUAGAUGUCGGUAUUGUUUAGGGGGCAAUAUUGGUGCAUGGGAGAAAAGACUUAUCAUUUGCCAUUGGUGAUAGGAGCUGUUUAUUGAGAAGAAAAGCCAGGAUUGCAGGCCAUGUUGUAAAGCUCUCCUACUUAGAUACAGAGAUAAUUCUUUAUCUUAAAAAUAUUGAUUUUUUUUCUUUA